AUGCCUGUCCAAGCGCCACAAUGGACCGAGUUCCUGCUGUGUCCCAUCUGCACGCAGACGUUCGAGGAGACGGUGCGGCGGCCCAUCAGCCUCGGCUGCGGCCACACCGUCUGCAAGAUGUGCCUGAGCAAGCUGCACCGCAAGGCCUGCCCCUUCGACCAGACGGCCAUCAGCACGGACAUCGAGCAGCUGCCCGUCAACUCGGCCCUGCUGCAGCUGGUCGGCGCUCAGGUGCCCAAACAGCCGCCUGUGGCACUCAUUACUGGUCCGGAGGACACCAAGCAUUACGACGAGGCUCGGCAGUGUGUGGAAGAGCUGGCCCUCUACCUCAAACCCCUCAGCAGCACAAGAGGUGUGGGGCUGGGUAAUGCCGCACAGAGCGUGCUCAGCAGGCCCAUGCAGAGGAAGCUGGUCACCCUGGUGCACUGCCAGCUGGUCGAGGAGGAGGGUCGAGUCCGUGCCAUGCGUGCCGCUCGCUCACUGGGAGAGCGCACCGUCACCGAGCUCAUCCUGCAGCAUCAGAACCCCCAGCAGCUCUCGUCCAACCUGUGGGCCGCCGUCCGGGCCCGGGGCUGCCAGUUUCUGGGCCCAGCCAUGCAGGAGGAGGCCCUGAAACUGGUACUUCUGGCUCUGGAGGACGGUUCUGCCUUGUCCAGAAAGGUUCUGGUGCUUUUUGUGGUGCAGCGUCUCGAGCCCAGGUUCCCACAGGCCUCCAAAACCAGUAUCGGACACGUGGUUCAGCUACUUUACCGUGCCUCCUGCUUUAAAGUCACCAAGCGAGACGAGGACUCGUCCCUAAUGCAGCUGAAGGAGGAGUUCCGAACCUACGAGGCCCUGCGUAGGGAGCACGACUCCCAGAUCGUUCAGAUCGCCAUGGAGGGGGGCCUGCGCAUCGCUCCUGACCAGUGGUCGUCCCUGCUUUACGGGGACCAGUCCCACAAAUCCCACAUGCAGUCCAUCAUCGACAAGUUGCAGACGCCUGCGUCGUUUGCCCAGAGCGUCCAGGAGCUGACCAUAGCGUUGCAGAGGACGGGCGACCCUGCCAACCUGAACCGACUCAGGCCUCAUUUAGAGCUGCUGGCGAACAUUGACCCCAGUCCAGACGCCCCUCCUCCGACGUGGGAGCAGCUGGAGAAUGGUCUGGUUGCGGUAAAGACGGUGGUCCACGGCUUGGUGGACUUCAUCCAGAACCACAGCAAGAAAGGCGUCGAGCAGCAGCAGCCGGCGCAGCACAGCAAGUACAAGACCUACAUGUGCCGCGACAUGAAGCAGAAAGGGGGAUGCCCGCGUGGCGCCAGCUGCACCUUCGCCCACUCGCAGGACGAGCUCGAGAAGUACCGUAAGAUGAACAAGCGUCUGGCUCCGAGGCUUCCGUGUGGUCUGCUCCCUGAGGAAGGAAUCCCUCUAGAAGGUGUGGCCCGAAAGCCGCCCCCCAUGACCAACGGCAUCGUAGGGCCAUGCCCAGUUCCGUCGCCGCAGCUUCUGGCACGCGGCCACGAGGCUUCAUCCUACGAGCUCAUACGCAAGCCCAAGAUGGAGCCCGGCAGCCUGAGCGCCCCCGGAUCGCCCCCAGACUUGAUGGAUAAGACCGGCCUGCCUCUGCCGCCCCACGCCGUUAGUCAUCCGAGGGCUGAACACCUCCCCGUGUCCAAGCAGAUACCCGGAGUGGCUCGAGGUGCGCCGGCCAUGUACCCCCAACAGCAGCCGGAGCUCUUCUACCCAGAAACCAGGGCGCCGUCGGGAGCGCCGUAUGAUUCUCAGUACCCCGCCGGUACCCCAUACCCCUACCAACCACCUCAAUAUGUGCCACCACGCUACAUCCGUAACCCACUGCCCCCUGGAGAUGCUCCCUACCAGGACCCGUACCCCACUUACGGUCCCGAGCGCCAUUACCCACCGUCUCACCAUUCCUUCCUGGGCCACCCGUACCCGCCGCCGUCUCACUACGACUCCCGCCGACACGGCCCGUACCCAGCGCCGCCCCCUCCGCCACACACGCAGCCCUUCGGCCCCUCUCGAGAUGACCUGGUGCGCAUGAGCCCCGGACCCCUGGACGUACCACCCGCCACCCCAGCCGUGCCCGGAUCUCUGUACCACUCUGAGGCCACGUCCAGGGAGAGAUACCCUCCUGAGGGGUACUACCUGCCCACGCCACACCCUGGCCAAAUCAGGUCACAUAUCAGGGACCCAUAUGGGCGCCCCCAGCCCAGCCUGGACUACCUGCACCGCAGGCGCAAGGAGCUUCUGAACCAGCUGGAGGAAAGAAAAGUCAUCUCUCCACCACCAUUUGCGGCCUCCCCUACUCUGCCCACGCACGCUUUCCCUAAUGACUAUCCUCAAGAGUACAUCGAGGACGGUCACAAAGCCUUCAGCACUAGAGAGCCUGACUACGCCGGCCAGUACUCACCGUGGUCAUGUGACACCAUCGGCUCGUACAUCGGCUCCAAAGAGCCCAAACCGAAGGACGCCGUGCCUGCCGGCGUGGAGAUGAUGAACACAGAGGGGAAGGUCCUGCGUGAGCCGGCGCGCUCAGGGGAAGCCAAAGACGACGAUCCCAUCAUCCCUUUCGGCCCUCUGCCCACGGUGUCGCCCUUCGGCGCCAUCUCCCGUACGUCCAAAACGGGUUGCCAGAUCACGGGACCGGUGCAGGCCAUGGCGUCCUCGCAGGCUUCCGGCUCCAAACACAUCCCCACGGCAGCAGACUACGGGAACCAUGGCGGUUGGGGCGGUGUGUCCUACCCUCAGCACCAGAGCGUCGCCUCUUCCGGUCACCUCAGUGAACGGUAUGAACGUGUGAUCUCAAACCGUGGAGCCUCUGUGCACCCCUUUGUGCUGCCCGUGUCCACUCCUGAUCGAGAGCAGCUCAAGAUGGAGCUCCAGCAGGUCAACCAGCAGAUCAGUCAGCAGACGCAGAUCCGCAGCAUGGAGGCUGCCAGUAACUCCAUGCUGCUGCAGCGAGAGGCCAGUGCGCUCAACUCCCAGCCUGCAGGGGCUAAAUGGGCCACAGGGGGCGCCGUGUCGAGUGAGCAGCUCAGCCUCGAGCUCCACCACGUGGAGAGGGAGAUCGGCAAACGGACACGAGAGAUCGCCAUGGAGAACCAGGCAGCACAUGAGGUUCAAUACAAGCUGAAAACCGCAGAAAAUGGCCAAACCAACCAUAAAGCCCCGCUGGACGAGCUCUCUCUGGCACUAGGUGACGCCUCGAAUGGGAGCAACAGUGUCGGGGACUCCAUGUUGUCCCUGACCAACAAGACGUCGUCUCUCAGCCUUUGCCCCGGGGAGCAGGCCGGUAGCGGCCCGGAGCCCCGAAAGAACGGCGUGGCUCAUGCUUAGCAGCGACGAGGCUCCGUCUCGCGUUCGAACCCAGGCACCUGCAUGCUGUUGUGUGCAUGCACCAAACACUUUGUUUGUUUUCU